UGUUUUGGACUCUGGUUCCCUGGUUCAAGCGGGUCUCUGCAGAGCUUCUCUUGAAGAACAUUAAAACAGUUUACUGAACCUUCAUGAGGAGAAGCUGCUGCAUCUUAAUGCUGAUAAAAAAAGGAGAAGCAGAGCUGGAAAAUAACCCAGAGACGUCAUUUCUCAACCAUGGCUGCAGUGCUCCAGAUGUGCAUGAUCGUCUGUUUGCUGCCUGCUGCCAUCACCCAGACAACAAAUUCCUCAUCAAAGAAAGGUCGUAAUUACACCAUCCAUUCCUCUCAGCUGGUUUGCAGUCUGCCUGGCCCGGCAGGACCACCAGGACUGCCAGGAGCUCCUGGACCCCCAGGGUCCAUAGGCCCUAUGGGUCCACCAGGGUUGGAUGGUCCAGACGGAAAAGAUGGAGAAAAGGGACAGAAAGGAGAUGGAGGGGAUCCAGGAAGAACCGGGAACCCUGGCAAGCCAGGUGUGAAAGGCCGUGAAGGCGUUAUCGGCAAGGCAGGACCCCGGGGACUGAGGGGCCAACGUGGACCACCAGGUGUGGCAGGAAAAGAAGGAAAAAAAGGAGAAAUGGGAGACAGCGGCCAACAAGGAGCCCCUGGUGGCUGCAACUGUGGCACUGUGGCUCGAUCGGCCUUCUCUGUGGCGGUGACAAAGAGUUAUCCAAAAGAACGAAUGCCAAUCCGUUUUAGCCGGAUCCUUCUAAAUGAAGGGAAUCAUUAUAAUUCCACCAGCGGGAAGUUUGUCUGUGAGAUCCCCGGGGUCUAUUAUUUCACCUAUGAUAUAACACUGGCCAAUAAACACCUGGCAAUUGGACUGGUGCAUAAUGGUCAGUACAAGAUCAAGACAUUUGAUGCCAACACAGGGAACCAUGAUGUGGCAUCCGGCUCUACUAUACUCCACCUCAAAGAGUCAGAUCAGGUGUGGCUGCAGAUCUUCUACUCAGAGCAGAAUGGACUCUUCUUUGACCCUUUCUGGACAGACAGCACCUUCACCGGGUUUCUCAUUUACGCUGAUCAGGAGUUUCUCAAUGAGGCGGAUAACAAGGCAAAUAGUCAGGAUGAUAGUUGACGCUCUAGACCUGAAUACUCCAGUUUUAUCGUCUGAUUUAUUAUAGGGAAGAAAUAAGAUGCUUCACAAUUCUUCCAGCAGUUUAAAAAAAAUAUCCUGCCACCAGGGGGCGUAACAAGUAAAGAAACUGCUGAAAAUCAGAAGGACAAAAAACAAAAGGAUUUGAUGCUUGCAAUGAUCCCUUUCAUUUCCCUGAUAUAGAGACAACUUUUAGAAAACGUUUUUCCCCUUUCAAAGACUACUUUCAUGGAGGUUAUUGUAAAUAAUAUAAUAAUUUAAUUAAUUAAUCCAAAAAUGAGGAGGAAAUGCAAACAAUAUGUGGCUUCAGUCAAAUUUAUGAUUCAAAGAAUGGUAAGAACUCCAAACAUGUUGAAUACAUUUUUAAAUAAUUUAAGUAGUAAAAGUGUUUAUAAAAAGCAAUAAAUUAAUUAAAAAGGACAUUUUACAUAUUAGAUCUAAUAAAUUUUCCUUGUUCUGUUAUUCUUUUCCACAUCAGCUUUGGACCCUUGACCAAAAAGGUAAAUCUAAACAAAAGACUGUGAAAUUUUAGCUUGUCUUUUUUCUUAACAUCCGAUCAGAAAGUAAAAGUAUGAUCAAAGCAUAGCUUAAAAUUAGCUUUAGAAGCAAUUAUGUUAAUGGGACCACUUGGUUGCUUAAUGUCAAAGUCAGAGAGCAACAGAAAAGAGAAGAUAUUAAAAAGCAUUAUUGAUGGAAAUUGACAUUCAAUUCAGGAUGAGUUUAUUCCAGUCUGAAGUAUUUAGAUAUAAUUCAAAUGAAGUGAAAGAAAGCAGAAGUAGACCCGAAAAUAUGCAAAUUAUUAUUU